UUUUUUUAAUUAAUCGACACGAUGAUUCAAAUAAAUUGUGAAAAAUUAUUUGAUGAUAGAAGUGGAGGGCUUCUUCGAUCAAAUCGUAAAUCAUUUAUUGAUAAAUUAACAGCAAUUAUUGAGUCAAUGCCAGCAAUGAGUAUCGAAGAACGAGUCAAUUUUAUUCUCAAUGAUUUAUCAAGCGAAGAGAGCACCAACAAGCUUGUAGAUUUACCCCCAGCAAAUCCAAAAUCUGCUGAAGUAUCACUAGCUCAUCGAGAAGCUGGAAAUAAAUAUUUUACUUCACAAGGCAAACGUAAUAUUGACAAGGCAUUUGAAGAAUACACCAAAAGUAUGGCCUUUGCACCAAUUAAAAGCCGCGAGUAUUCACUUGCAUGUGCAAAUCGUAGUGCAGUUUUAUUUGAAUGUAACUGGUUUGAAGACUGUCUCACUGAUAUUAAUCACGCAUUGGAAAAUAAUUAUCCAGAUAAUUUAAAAGCUAAAUUGUAUCUUCGUAAAGCAUGCUGUCUUCAAGUACUAAAACCAGAUGAAUCAAUUGAAAUAAAACAAGCUUUUGCAGAUGUUAAAAAAUGGAUUAAUAAAAUGGAUAAAAAAAUCCAAGAAGAUAUUGAAAAUAAAUUAAAAAAUCAUGAAUUUUCAAAGCAAAUAAAAAUUGGGAAAUGUUGUAAAUUAAUUGAUGAUGUUGAGCCAAAAUUAAAUGGUGAAAAUUCACUGGUACCUGGUCUUUCUAGUGCACUAGAUUUGAAUUAUACUCAACGAUUUGGCAGACAUAUUAUUGCAAAUAGAGAUAUUAAACCCGGAGAAAUUUUGGGAGUUCAAAAACCUUAUGUUAAUGUCGUUGAUUUACGAAUAAAAUAUAGACUUUGUUGGCAUUGUACCAAACAAACAUGGGCCAGUAUACCUUGUGACAACUGCAGUGAUGUAAUUUUUUGUUCGAAAAAUUGUCUGGAUCAGGCGAUGCUACAGUAUCAUGAUAUUGAGUGUAAAAUUUUUAAUGAAAUAUGUGUAUUUACUGCAAGCGAAUUAACACCUGUGGUACUACGACUUGCUAUCAAAGCAUUUAAAGAAUCAAAAAAUUCAUUGGAUAAAUUAAAAAAUUAUCUCCACGGAAUUGACUGCUCCAAAAAUUCAUUGACAAAAGGAUUUACGAAUGGAAAACUUGAUCCAGAUAAAUUUUCCAGUGCAUAUGGCUUGAGUCUUUAUCAGUCUGAUGUAGUUGAUACGUUUCGAAAAGUACACGAGAUUUAUAAUUCUAUUGUUUCGUCGUAUUUUUUUUGUAAAGAUAUUCUUGGUUUUACUGGAUCUUUGUCAGUCCUGAAGGAUGAUCCACGUUUUUUAUUUCUUGUUGUGUUGAUGGAGAAAUGUGCCUCAUUUACUAUGCUCAACAGUUUUGGUAUUCAAUUGAAAAAUUGUUCGACUUUGUCGACUGAUGAAUCUGUUAAAAUUUCAGGUGCAUUACUUCCGGCUUUUAGUUUUUUUAAUAAUUCUUGUGUACAAAUGAUGUCUACAACUUUUCAUAAUGAAAGUUACGUUUGUAGAUCUUUACGUCCUAUUAAAAAAGGCGAACAAAUAUUUCUUACUUAUAGAUAUUCUUUCUCCGAGGAAUCGAAACAAGAUCGUCAAAAUCGACUGAUGAGACUUUAUAAUUUCGUUUGUGAUUGUGAAGCUUGUACAAAUGAUUGGACUUUAAAAUCAGAUGAUUUAUCAUCACUUCCACCAUCCAAAUUCAUUGAUGUCAAGACUAAAAUGAAACAGCUUGAAAGUUUGAAGGAAAAAAUUAAAAAAAUUGAUGAAAUAACUGCAGCCGAUUGGAAAAAGACAAAUCAAUUUUUAAUUCGAAAAAAUAUUCAAGAUCAGCUGGAAAAAUAUGUUGCUGAAUUUUAUUACACUUAUGUGGAAUAUCCAGAAGCAAUUGCAUACAUCACAAAGUUCAUGGAGCAGUUGCACAAAAUUUCAGAAAAACCUAUUUUUUCCAUUGAUCAAUAA